AUGGGAUUGAGCGUUGAGAAAACGAUUGCUUCCGGAAGACAUUGCAAAUUUACAAAUAAAGAAGGUGGAGCUGUUUGGGUUGGAAUACAAGGCAAUCCUGGUCAUUCUCAUUUAUCUAAUGGUGGUUUCAAACUGGCUCAAGGAGCAUCGAAAACUGUGAGUGCUUCUGAAAAUUGGGCUGGCAGAUUUUGGGGGAGGACAUAUUGCGAUGAUGCUAGUAACCACUGUCUGACAGGAGAUUGCGGGAAUAAAGUAGAAUGCGCAGGUGCCGGAGGGACUCCGCCAGUUUCCCUGGCUGAAAUUACACUCAAAGGUAGCGGUGGAUUAGACUUUUAUGAUAUAUCGUUGGUUGACGGUUUCAACAUACCGAUUAGCAUAGAACCAUCUGGAGGUCAAGGCGACGGCAGUCAAUACAGUUGUAAGAAAUCAUCAUGUGGUAAAUAUCUAAACGACGAAUGUCCCGAAAAACUUAAACUAAAUACAGAUAAAGGCGUAGUAGCUUGCAAAUCUGCAUGUCUUGCAUUCAAUUCCGAUCAAUAUUGUUGUCGAGGAGCUUACGGUACACCUGAAACAUGUAAGAGCUCCUCUUGGCCACAAGAUUAUCCGAAAUAUUUCAAGGACAGAUGCCCUGAUGCGUAUAGUUAUGCAUAUGAUGAUCACAAAAGUACAUUUACAUGUAAAGCCCAAAAAUAUAUUAUUACCUUUGGAUUGUGAAUACCAAAAUCAACUAAAUAUGUUAAUAUUUCAUUUGUAGUUUCUAUAAGUAUCAAAUAAAAAUCGGUUAC